AUGGCUCUGGAAGAGCAGCUCGGAGAGCUGCAGCAGCGUGUUGAUUGUCUGACAGCGGACAAUGCCAAGUGCCAAGACAAGAUGCACUUUCAGGCCCAAGAGCAUAGUACUGUUGUCACACAGAGAGACGGCCUGCAGGAGCAGCUCAGGGCAGAAAAGGAAGAAAAAGCUUUGCUGGAAGAUUGGUUGAAGAAGCUGGCUGGAGGCAUCUGCACUCAGCUGGACGUGGAAAACACGUCAUCGGUGGUGAUCAUGGAAAACUCUGGGGCUGCAUCGCUUACCAUGGGGCCUGGAAAGCUUCUCGGAAGGCUGCUCAUCGUCGCCAUCGUGUCGCUGUUUGACGCCGUCGACGACGUGGAUGCAGAUGAUGGCAUCCAAUGGCUCGGCGACGCAUGCAAUGACGACGACGACUGCCACGACGCAUUCAACCUGCUGUGCGUGAGGGCCAAGUGCGUCUGCAAGCAGGGAUUCGUCUCGGCGCAGUUCAGCUGCCAUCCAGCGUCGCCCUUGGGCGGGGAGUGCACGUACCACGCCCAGUGCCAGUACAGCGACUCGCACAGCGCUUGCGAUCUGACGGGACGCUGCGCGUGCGUGGACGGGUUCACGCCACGUCGGGACACCCCGAACACCAGGAGGAAGUGCGCCGCCGAGGAGGCGGACGACGACAAGCGUCAGUAUCUGGCCGCUGCUCUGCCAUCGAGAACGCACGCGAUCACAGGACACCGGAGUUCUUAUGAGAGCGGUGUGACAACCUUCGGCAUCAUUGUGUUGGUGCUGUCAUUCGUGCUUGCUGUUGCCUGCCUACUCAAGUUCGUUAUCUGCAAUUGGAACCAGCAACCACCACCACCUCCACGAAAACAUUCCAGGAAAUACAACUACAUCACUGUGGGUUACCUCAAAGACAAUGAGACACAAGCUCUUCUUUCACCGGGGAAGCGUCCGCCCAGCUACUUAGAAGCCACCCGGGUACCACAAAUCACCAUUUCUGAUUACUCAUCCCUUUCUCAUCCCACGACGAUGGCGUACACAAGCACGUGAGCCGAGCGGAUCGUUUAGCAGCCAAUGGAUCACCAUUGUAUGCAUGUGCUGUAAAUAGAGUUCUGAUAUCCAAUUUCAUGUUCUACUCCCUUUGGAACACUCUCCACUUGCGUGCUACUAUAACAUUACGAUAGCUACAGUCUGAAAUGCCGACUCAUUGGAAGAACUAGUAUAAGCGAAAGAAGCGCACCAAGGCAGGUGGAAGUAUUGCCGUUCAAUGAAGGCGAAUAUCAAAUUUUUAGAUAUAUUGAAUUCAAAUCAUGAAAAGCUAAUAGCAAUUGUACAACACAACUUUCUAAAUAUUUUACAUCACAAACAUUGUACAUUAAAAUUCAACCAGAACCCUGUUGUUGCUCUGUUCACAGUACUGAUGGACAUAGUAUUUUUUUUAUCAAGAUGUUUACAGUUGUUUUUUACUGCAGUAGUCUGAAUCAAAUGCAUAGUUGGAUGAGGUUACCAUUAUUAGUAUGUAUUCUAAACCUUUCAAACACCUUCAUGGCUGUAAUUUCCAAAUAAUCACCAGGCCUUCCAUUAUGAUAUGUCACUUUGCUUGCCAUAUGCAAGAUCACGAACGAGUCUGAUCGAUUACAACCCAACAAUGUAAUAGCAAACAUACAUUGAAAGGAAUUCCUAUGCAAAUGCAAGCUGAUUACAACUGUAAAGUAUUUUGCUUCUAGCAUAUGCAAUUUAAUGUGCCCUCGCUGGUAAACAGACUUGACGCAGUUAGCGAGAACUUGUUUUGCUUUGGUUUUAAUGGAACUUACUUUAACAUGACAAGUGUGCACACAUUAGCAAAAUGCCAACCAUCAGUGUUCAGCGCACCCGACCUUAAAAUGCUAGACCUUUACUGCUGGGGUACGUCUAGAUCUUCUUUAUGUAUGCACAGAUCAUAAAAUGCUUAUAACUUCACUCGAAUGAAAUACUAUAACAUAUAUGAUGAUUACAAAGCCCUAACAGCAGUUUAUUUAACACUUUCGCUACCAAAGAUGAGAUGAACUCAUCCACACAGUUUGUACUGCUUCUAGCACAGCUCUUCCAUGCUGGGAGAAGCCUUUGGGAGUGCCGCAAUCAAGCUAUUAAGAUUCAUUCUUAUGAGUUCUCUUUGGAUUGUAGUGAUGGUGCUGUAGAAAAAUUUAAAAUCAUGCUCAAAAGUGUGUGCUUGGUUCAGAAAGGACUGGAUUUUGGCAACCGGAAUUUGAAAACGGCAGUCGUCCUCUGCAUGCAAUGAGCGCACAUGCCGGCAAUGACUCUUUUUAGAAAAAAAGAAAGGAAAAGAAGAAAGGAACUGUUGUUGUCUGAAAUUUUGUAAAAUGAAGAAUUUCAGUUCUCAUGAGAGUGUGGCAGUGACUGCACAGAGCAUCAUAUUUUUUUCUUAAUCAUCAGAUUCACAUGACGACAUAUCUCAUUGUAUUGAGAGUAGAUGCCGAUAGAUGUAAACGAAUGCCUAAAGGUGCACCCAAGGCUUUUUUUCCCUGGGAUAUCUUGUCCCUGUGCAUUACUUUUUAAAUUUCAAGAGACAUUUUUCACACCAUAGAUAGCAAAGGUCAGGGCAGUUUUGUGGUGCAGUGCAGUGAAGCCAAUGCUCUGCACAAUGUAAAAGAGAUAUUUUGCUUGUACCUUGCACAUAUAGUGUAUACUGUUCCUUGAAUUGUUUCAAGAUACUUAGAAUCAUAUAGGCAAAUGGAAAUAGAUAGGUAUUCAUGUAUUGUUUUAUGCCAAAAAAGUUGGUAGGGAAAGGGUUAAUAUUAUUUAUUAAUAACUAAAUUAUGGAAAUAAAAUAAAAUUGACCUAUGAUAAUAAAA